CGGUUCACCAAGUUCCAGCGACUCCCGCCCGAGAUCCGGAACAUGAUCUGGGAGUAUGCGCUGCCGGAAGCCCGUGUGUACGAGGUCCUGGAUGCGCCCAACUCCAAGCGAAAGACGCCGGCGCAAGAAGGGCUGAUGUUUGCGAAUGUGCACCCGGAACCUCCGCCGGCGCUGGCGGCUGUGUGCCGAGAGAGCCGCUCGUUGGUCCUGCACCACUACAAGCCGCUGACGCUCGGCAAGACGACCAAAUUCGUCGACAUGGCGCGCGACAUCCUGCUCCUCGAGCCGUACCUGCUCGUCAAGCGGCUGCACCGGGCGCUGCACUUCAUGAGCCAGAUCCCGCUGGUGCGUGACAACGCGACCCGGCUCGCGCUCGGCACCUCGUACGGUAUUUACCCGGGCAUCUUCCACCCGGUGCUCGGCCGGAAGGUGUCCAAGAACAACAUGGGCAAGCUGCUGGCGAGCCUGGCCAAGUUCCCGCGGCUCAAGACACUUAUCUUCAUCGUCCAUCAGGAAUUCCAGUUCGAAUUUGACUGGCGCUUUCCGGGCACCUUGACGCCCAUGCCGAACUACAGCCCUUUACCCCCGAUUGCUCCGUCCGCGUUUACCCCUGGACAGCCCCUUUUGCAUGCUGCCGGGCCCGGAGCAACCGGAUACCCGUCACCACCCGCCAGCAGCAGCGGCUCGCCGUCUCCUAACGCGUCCCGGCUUUCAACCCCCGCAGCCACCACCACCCCAUUGAUGACUACAACUACACCAACAGCAGUCCACCAGGCCUACCGCUUCAAGUUCGACAUCGAGUCCAACAUAAACGCGCGGCCGCGCCGGCCGCACACCAACGAGCUGCUCUACUACCCGCUCGAGCUGCGCGAGGGGGAGGCGGGCGGCGACCACGACGACGAGGAGUUCUACUACGACAGUGAGGAAGGCGAGUGGUGCGAUCCGUGGCCGACGAACGACGACUGGCGGCGGUUCAGGAGAAGGUGGCUGCGCGGGAUG